CAAUGGUAUUCAUGCUUGCGAAUUAAGUUAACAAAAUUAUAAUCAAAUUAAAAUUAUCUAAACCUUUAUUUUCUUCACAAAGAACACUUCUAUAGAAAAAGCAAUAAAUUCUAAUAUGACGUUAUAUCAUUUUGGAAACUGUCUUGCAUUACUUUAUGCACCAUAUCAUAUGGCAUACAAAUUUUCUGGAGUAUCUGAAUAUGCUACAUUCUCAAAGUGUGUUUAUGCUGGAGGCCUAUAUAUUUUCACACAAUUGUGUAAAAUGUUACUUCUAGCAACAUUCUUUCCUGAUUCUGAUAUACAAACAAGUGGAGAGUACAAUGUGUUUUUGGAGAUCCUAAAAGCGACAGUCGACUUUGCUGAUCUUUUGGGACUCUACUUCGCUCUGAAUGCUGUUCCCGGGAAGGGGCAUGCGAAGAUUCUCACCGCGGCGAUCGGCUGGGCGAGUGCGGAGGCGCUGGUGAGCCGCGCGGUGCCGCUGUGGGUGGGCGCGCGCGGGUCGGAGUUCUCGUGGCGGUACGUGGGCAUGUGCGCCGCCGCCAACCUGGCGCUCGUGCACACGGCCGCGGCCGCCGCGCUGGUGUGGCUGGCGGGCCGCAGCGACCUGCCGCGCCGCCUGGCGCCCGCGCACGCCGCGCUGCUGGCGCUGACGCCGUACCGCGCGCCGCUGGAGGCGGCGGCGGGCGCGCUGCUGCGGCUGCCGGCCGACGCGCCCGCGCUGCUGCUGCUGCGCGCCGCGCACGCCGCCGCGCGCGCGCUGGCCGCGCUCGCCAUGUACGCCGCGCUCUAGCUCGAUCCGGAUCUAUCUCUUCGAGGACGAACUUUUUAGAAAUAAGUAUUAUUCGACGAGCUUCUUUUAUUCUAAGUGUAGACUGAAGAAUCGUUUUAGAAGGAGUCUUUGAGUAGUAGAAAAAAAUAUUUUGUUAAUUUGAUGGUAAAACAUAAGAAUUUUAAUUUAUAGAUUUCUAAAAAAAUACGUUCCCGCCCGUCGCUCAGACGUCCGUUAAAAUUGUCAUCGGUUAACGGUGACGCUUAACCUGACCCACCCCCGAUCGAACUGUUAAUAUAGUUUUGUGGGACUUAAGGUUUCCUUUUUUUUUUUGUAAUGAAAGGAAUUAUUAAAAUAAAUAAAUUCAAAUAGUUGUCAUCUGACGCUCAGCGAGAUGUACUCGUCUCGUUCGAGUUAAUAUUAUAAUCGGUUAUAUCGCAAAAUAUAUUUUAUUUAAAACAAUUUAGCUCUGUUUGUAUUAAUACAGGAAUUUACUUCAAUCACUUGUGCUUUUAUUAUAUAAACCGAUUUAAUACUCUGACACGAGCGCACAUUAAUGAACCCUAUUACCACAAAUGAGAGUUAAAAAGUGCACGGAAAGCACUGUUGCCGUUCUACAAAAUUUCAAAUGCUUAGACAAUCUUUACAAAUCUGCUAGUGAACGUUAAGAUAGUAGACACAACCCAACGAAUUUGAGGGUCUUAUCUAUGUCAUUAAAUAGUGAGUAAAAAGAUUAAUAAAUGAGUAAAUAUUGUGAGUACAUAGCAUAUAAUUAGUGACACUGUAUAUUCAGAGAUAUUGGAAGAUCUUAGUGUGUGACUAAAAGUAAGAUUCGUAAUGAGGAAGUAUUAAAAAAAAAGAACUAGAUAUCACUACGGUACUCUCUUGUUUUCUCCAUGACAACCCUUCCGGUUUUCUUUCAUGUAUAAAAGUAAAU